AAGGACUAAAGGGCAGAGACUCCACAGGCAGCAGCCGGGAUAUUCCAGCACAGGGGGAACUGGGGGGCCCAGUCUGACACCCUAACUGCAGUAUGGAUCCAGCCAUGGUGGAAGAAAUAGUAAAGGUAAUGGAGAAUUACCAGAUUACUGUCGGCCAUAUUGAGGGGGUCCCCCUGCCGAGCAUCACCUGUGACGCGUGGGACACUAUAUACGGUUUCCAGGCCCGGGGGGACGACAUUCUCAUCGCUACCUACCCCAAAGCAGGGACAACGUGGAUGCAGGAGAUCGUGGAUCUGAUAUUACAGGAGGGAGACGCGCAGAAGGGCAGGAGGGCCCCGUGUUUCAUCAAAGUGCCAUUCAUAGACCUGGUACCGCCAAAGCCCAUGCCGUCAGGUGUGGAGUUGGCACAAACCAUGAAAUCCCCCCGUGUCCUAAAAACUCACUUACCUAUUAACCUGCUGCCCCCCUCCUUUUGGGAGAAGAAUGUCAAGGCUGUCUAUGUUGCCAGAAAUGCCAAGGACUGUAUGGUUUCUUAUUAUUACUUUCAAAAGAUGAAUAAGGGUCUGCCGCCCCCCGGAACCUGGGAGAAUUACUUCUCGACAUUCCUGUCUGGAGAUGUGCCAUGGGGCAGUUGGUUUGACCAUGUGAUUGGCUGGGGGAAAGCUAUGGACAAACACCAGAUUCUCUUUAUCUUCUAUGAGGACAUGAUCGAGGACCCAAUGCGUGAGAUUCGCAAAGUCACAAAGUUCCUCGGGAAGGACUUAUCUGAGGAGGUUCUGGAGAACAUCAAGUAUCACACUUCCUUCCAGGCAAUGAAGGAGAACCCUAUGGCAAAUUACACAGCACUUCCCAGUGCUGUCAUGGACCAAACCAUAUCUCCAUUCAUGAGAAAAGGGACCGUGGGGGAUUGGAGAAACCAUUUCACGGUGGCACAGAACAUUAUCUUUGAUGAGGAAUACAAGAAGAAGAUGGAGGGCAGUGGGCUGAACUUCCGCACUGAACUCUGAUAGAGAAUGGGGCCUAAGGAGCCGGUGGGAAUUCCCUUCCUCAUCUUCACACAGGGGACAACCUGUGCCCACAAGAUUGUACAGAGGAGCCAGAGGCACAUGGAGCCCAAUAAGAGAUUCUCCUACGACUCCCUUUCCUGGUGGCACCUUUGUGCCUCUGUACAGGCCAUAAGGAACCUGUUGGGCCAAAGUAUAGAUCUGCCUAUUGUGCCUGAGAUAGAAAUCAAAGAGUUUUUUAUGUUCUCCUCGUGUCCCCAUGGUUUUUCUCCCACUCUACAGAUAAUUGGCUCCUUAUAAAACCAUCAUGAAUGUGACUGUAGACUGUAAGCUCCACUGGGGCAGGGACUGGUGUAAAUACAAUAAUAAAAUAUCUUGGCACUAA